CAACGCCACAGCGACUCGGUCUUGCUGUUCCAUCCUUCUCUAGCCCCCUUACUCCUUAGGGAUCCAUCAGCCCUAAAGUAACAGCGAGAAAUAUUGCUAUAAUCUGCCAAGAUGAUGAUCAAGGUGAAGACGCUUACGGGCAAGGAGAUCGAGCUCGAUAUCGACCCUGAGGAUCAGGUCUCUCGUAUCAAGGAGAAGGUCGAGGAGCAAUCUGGUGUGCCCCCACCGCAGCAGCGGUUGAUCUAUGCUGGUAGGCAAAUGGCGGAUGACAAAGUCGUCAAGGAGUUCAAUAUCGCGGCCGGAGCUGUACUACAUCUAGUGCUUGCGCUCCGUGGAGGCGCUUGCUAGACAUUGAUCAUGAUGAUAUUUUGACAUUGCUAGGAAGGCCUUCGCCGAACGCACUUCCCCUUGACUUGACAAGUGCUUUGGGAAGAAGGUGCGCGUGGGCGGAGAUCAAGGAAUAUAAGAAGUUCAUGUGGUGUAUUCUCUGCAGUGCGUUGUAUCCAUGUUAGACCCAUCACAAUUCGCAACCGCUUUCACUUG